AUAAUAGAACGUGGGACCAGUGUCACCUUCUCUCUCUCCGUGUCUUUCUCUCUCCUUUCUGUAUUUAUCAUCUCCCUCUUCCUCUUCCAUUAACUCAACUCCAUUCCACUCAAGUUUCGAUUUUUAUGUGCCUUCUUGUCUCCAAUUCCUCUUCUGAGAUUGCUUGUGGAUUUGUGUGCUGAGCCCUUGAAAUGGGGAGAUCUUUGAUUCACAUUGCGGGUGGUGUUCUGCUGCUACUGUGCUUGCUGGUUUCAUUUUCUGAAGCAGCUGAAUACUUGAAGUACAAAGACCCUAAGGUUGCUCUGAAUAGAAGAAUCAAAGAUUUGAUGAAAAGGAUGACUCUAGAGGAAAAGAUUGGUCAAAUGACACAGGUUGAAAGGAGUGUUGCUACUCCUGAUGCCAUGAAGAAGUACUUCAUUGGGAGUGUGCUGAGUGGGGGAGGGAGUGUUCCAGCUCCAAAGGCAUCUGCUGAGACCUGGGUGAAAAUGGUGAAUCAGAUGCAAAGUGCAUCUUUAUCCACUCGCCUUGGGAUUCCGAUGAUUUAUGGGAUUGAUGCAGUUCAUGGCCAUAAUAAUGUCUACAAUGCUACUGUUUUUCCUCACAAUGUUGGGCUGGGAGUUACCAGGGAUCCAGUGCUUAUAAAAAAGAUUGGAGAAGCUACUGCUCUUGAAGUUAGGGCUACUGGAAUUCCAUAUGUCUUUGCUCCAUGUAUUGCGGUCUGCAGAGAUCCAAGGUGGGGACGUUGCUAUGAAAGCUACAGUGAGGACCCUAAGAUUGUUCGAAUUAUGACUGAAAUUAUACCUGGUUUGCAAGGAGAUCUCCCUGGAAAUUCCAAGAAGGGGGUUCCCUUUGUUGCUGGAAAGAACAAGGUUGCAGCUUGUGCCAAGCAUUAUGUGGGAGAUGGUGGCACAACCAAGGGUAUCAAUGAGAACAAUACUGUGAUCAGUUACAAUGGGUUGCUUGGAAUUCACAUGCCAGCAUACUUUGACUCUAUUAUCAAGGGUGUUUCAACAGUAAUGGUUUCCUACACUAGCUGGAAUGGGAAGAAGAUGCAUGCUAAUAAAGAUCUUGUCACCGGUUACCUCAAGAACAAACUGCGGUUCAGGGGUUUUGUCAUAUCAGAUUGGCAGGGUAUUGACCGGAUUACCUCUCCUCCUCAUGCUAACUAUUCGUAUUCUGUUCAAGCUGGUGUUAGUGCUGGAAUUGAUAUGAUUAUGGUUCCCUAUAACUUCACUGAGUUCAUUGAUGAGCUAACCUAUCAAGUAAAGAACAAUAUUAUCCCCAUGAGCAGGAUUGAUGAUGCUGUGGCAAGAAUCUUAAGAGUAAAAUUUACCAUGGGUCUAUUUGAAAGUCCACUUGCUGAUCUAAGCCUGGUGAACCAACUGGGUAGCAAGGAACAUAGAGAGUUAGCAAGGGAAGCUGUACGGAAAUCCCUAGUGUUGCUAAAGAAUGGUAAAUCUUCUCAGAAGCCAUUGCUUCCCCUUCCCAAGAAAGCGGCAAAAAUAUUGGUGGCCGGAAGUCAUGCUGACAAUUUGGGUUAUCAAUGUGGAGGAUGGACAAUUACCUGGCAGGGGCUUGGUGGCAAUGAUCUUACAACAGGUACAACAAUCCUUGAUGCUGUAAAACAAACAGUUGAUCCUGCUGCUGAAGUUGUCUACAAUGAAAACCCCGAUGCCAACUUUGUUAAGUCGAACAAAUUUUCCUAUGCCAUAGUUAUUGUGGGAGAGAACCCUUAUGCUGAAACAUUUGGUGACAGUUUGAAUCUAACUCUACCUGAGCCAGGUCCAAGCACCAUCAGCAACGUAUGUGGGUCUAUUCAGUGUGUAGUUGUUCUCAUCACUGGCCGCCCCGUUGUGAUUCAACCAUAUCUACCCAAAAUUGAUGCACUUGUAGCUGCAUGGCUUCCUGGAACUGAAGGUCAAGGUGUUGCUGACCUUCUUUUUGGUGACUAUAAAUUUACUGGCAAGCUGGCAAGAACAUGGUUCAAGAGAGUUGAUCAGCUCCCAAUGAAUGUUGGUGACAAACAUUAUGAUCCUCUGUUUCCAUUUGGAUUCGGGUUGACUACAAACCUCAAAAAAUAUUGAAACCCCAUUUAACAUGUCUAAGAUCACUGCCCUUUUUCUCUAGUAGCCUUGAAACUGUCAAUUGGUGAGUGAUUAUUUCAUGUUUAUCUUUUUUCUGAUAAGCAUCUCGGAGAAACUUGAAUUAUGAGAUUCAGAAAGAAAAAUGUAUUGUGACCAGUGCCUUGGCAAUUACAUAAGUAUGUAGUUUUCUUAGGUUUAUGGAUCUUUUAAUAAAAAUGAUUCUUACCAGUGACAGAACUUCUUUAGAAUA